AUGUAUAGCACCCCAUGGCCCAGGAAGAGACCAUAUUGCACCCCAUGGCCAAGGGAGAGACCAUAUAGCACUCCAUGGGCCAGGGAGAGACCAUAUACCACCCCAUGGCCCAGGGAGAGACCAUAUAGCACCCCGUGGUCCAGGGAGAGACCAUAUAGCACCCCAUGGUCCAGGGAGAGACCAUAUAGCACCCCAUGGCCCAGGGAGAGACCAUAUAGCACUCCAUGGCCCAGGGAGAGACCAUAUAGCACUCCAUGGCCCAGGGAGAGACCAUAUAGCACUCCAUGGCCCAGGGAGAGACCAUAUAGCACCCCAUGGCCCAGGGAGAGACCAUAUAGCAUUCCUUGGCCCAGGGAGAGACCAUAUAGCACUCCAUGGCCCAGGGAGAGACCAUAUAGCACUCCAUGGCCCAGGGAGAGACCAUAUAGCACUCCAUGGCCCAGGGAGAGACCAUAUAGCGCCCCAUGGCCCAGGGAGAGACCAUAUAGCACCCCAUGGCCCAGGGAGAGACCAUAUAGCACUCCAUGGCCCAGGGAGAAACCAUAUAGCACUCCAUGGCCCAGGGAGAAACCAUAUAGCACUCCAUGGCCCAGGGAGAAACCAUAUAGCACUCCAUGGCCCAGGGAGAGCACCCUUCAUGGCCCAGGGAGAGACCAUAUAGCACCCCCAUGGCCCACAGGGGUAACCCUCCAUGUGCACCAAAGGUGCUCCAUGACUCUGAGGUGCAUCCUUCACGCAGCUUGUCCCGGCGUGUGUUCGAUGCUCAGCCACGUAUACGGAGCCUGUCCAUCUUUCCGCCAUCAUGGCGGCCUUGUUUACAUCCAUUUAUAA